AUGAGUCUGUCGCUCCUCCUGUUGUUGAUUUUGGCCGUGGUCACUGGUGUAUAUUUCUCCAAUAACUUGCUGGAUCUCCGGGCCGAGCGGCUCGAGGUGAUCGCCGAGUUGAAACUGACCCAGAUCGGCCAGCUCAUGACGCUGACUUAUUACCAGGUCAACUGGAUCACCCAGCGAGAUCUGGUGCUUUCGGCAUUGGCAAACUACCGUGUGGGCAACAGUCUGCUUGACUCGCCGUUCAUGAGCGGCGCCAACUUGACCAUCGACCAAUUGGUGCUGUCGUCGGAUAACUUCGCCGCCGCCCGCUUAUACAACUUGGACAUGGAAGUGCUUGUUGAGCUGGAAAACAAGAUCACCAAUUUGUCCCCCUGGGCGCGAGACUACUUGUACCCGCUACGAUAUAACGCCGAGGUGCCUCCCCCGUUAUACCUGUCGGGCAUCGCGCUGACGGGGUACUUCACCGGACCCGUGGCCAACGAUACCCUGGAGGAUUUGCUGCCAAAUCUGCCCUACUUCAUGUGCAUUACCCUCCCCAUCUACGCCAACACACUGAUCAUCUUGACCCUGAUGUUUUUGGCGGGGUAUAUCUCGGUGAUUUUCUCAACCCAGCUGAUCCAGUUGGCGAUGUCUGACGCCAAGGCGAAUAGUCUGCAAAAGUCUACUUAUUCCGAUAACCAAGUAUACUUAGUCCAGCCGAUCUAUGGCGAUACCACGGACUUAAUACCCUAUACCGUCCCCCCGACCAACCACGACCAUUCCGAGGUCGUCGCCUACAAGUACGUGCUUCCCACGGGGAAUAUGCUGCAAUCAACUUCGGAGUUAUACAACAUCAACUCGUCGCAAGCAGUCAAGAAAGCGAUAUUGGAACCGGGCCAGGGGCUGUCACGGAAAAUUGCCCUGGAUAACGGUAAAGUGGCCACGGGGUUCUCCAAGAUCCACAUCGAUUCCGUCACUACGUGGACGCUAUUAGUGGAACAACCACGCUCCCAGUUCCUCCAACCGGUGAAUAACUUCAAGAAGAUCAUUAUCGGUGUCGUUAUCGGUAUUGCCGCAUUUAUGUGUAUCGUCACCUUCCCCCUCGCCGUAUACUUUGUGAAACCAAUCACUCAGCUUAAAGAUGCCACCGUACUCAUCACUAAUCUGAGGAAACCGAAACACCGAGCCGAUGGUACCGGAACUACCCCAGAUAACCCGAACGGCGGUAAGUCCAUUUCCAAUGUCUACUGGCCGUUACGACGACGCACCCCGCAUUCGCAUUCCCACCACUAUGACGAGAAACACGAGCUGGCGCUGGCGCUGGCCAACCCUCGCAAUCUGGUGCUGCUGACCCCGUCGCUGGCAAGAUCGUCGGCGUAUCUGCUGGGGAUUAGAAUGCCCGAACAAGUGCCCCGAUCCAAAAAGUUCUUUAAGGAUGAGAUCACCGAGUUGACGGAAGCAUUCAAUAUCAUGACCGCCGAACUUGCCCGACAAUAUAACCAUUUGGAGGACCGGGUUAAACAACGGACUAAGGAAUUAGAAGCACUGAAAGUGGAAGCUGAAGCGGCCAACGAGGCUAAGACGGUGUUUAUUGCCAACAUUUCACACGAAUUGCGUACUCCUUUGAACGGUAUCUUAGGGAUGACGGCGAUUGCCAUGGACGAACCCGAUCAGCUGAGAAUCCAGGAAUCACUCAAAUUGAUCCAUAGAUCGGGUGAGCUUUUGCUCCAUAUUCUCACUGAGCUUUUAACCUACUCCAAAAACACGUUGAAACGGCUGAAAUUGGAACGCGCUAACUUCCAAAUCUUGGAAGUGGUGGGCCAAACCAAACUGAUUUUCGAUAAACUUGCUCGUGAUCUGAGAGUGCAUUUUAGUGUAUUGGUGAAACCGGCAAUCAUGCGCAAAUUGAUCCUCUUUGGGGACCUGAACCGGAUCAUUCAGAUCGUGAUGAAUCUUGUGCUGAAUUCGCUUAAGUUUACUCCCGUUGAUGGUCUGGUUGACGUCCAAUUCAAAUUGCUUGGAGAGUACGACUACGAACGGCUGAUGGCAGUCAAUUGUGAAAAGGUAUACGUGAAGAACCUGAGAAAACUGUUACGGGCAAAAGCGUUACCGCCCGUUCCCGGUCAACUGAAGCUUAAAACGCUCCACGAUGGUCGUCGCCGAGGACUGGAUAAUACUAAGUCGCUGAACUCAUCAUCGUCGACGACUACCGACUUGGACCAUAGCGAUAAUAUAUCCGUGGUUACGUUGCCGACUCUGGAAUACGAACAGGCUCUUUUCCGUAACCAGUUCCAGGCGAAACCAUUACCUACUUUACCGCAACCUAACCCGGAUAACUCCGGGCUGGGCUCACUGGAUACCAUGCUUGCUGGACUGGCCCUGGUUAAGUCAAUGCUGACUCUGGCGACGCCGCCACCGUUACCUCCUAAACCUCAACAAAUGAACCAGCAACAGAUCGUCAACACUCUGUACGACCUGCAACUGGUGCUGCUGGUAGCUACUCAUCAUGAAGUGACCAAGAAUGAUAAGGUUUAUAAGACACGGACGUUGGCCAAUCCAACCACGUGGGUGAUUCAAAUCUCGGUGACUGAUACUGGUCCCGGGAUUGAGCCAGCAUUACAGGAGAAGGUGUUUGAGCCGUUUAUCCAGGGUGAUCAAACAUUGCUGAGAAGCUAUGGUGGUACUGGUUUAGGGCUUUCCAUCUGUCGCCAAUUGGCCACCAUGAUGCAUGGUACUCUUACUCUUCUGCUGACUAUUGGUAAGGGGCUGACGUUUACGUUUACCGUACCUUUGAAACAGACUGGCGAAGUGAUUGUUGACGAACAGGAUAUGGAAGAGUACUGUAACGAUGAGUUUAACCCUGACGCUAAGGUGAACCGGAAAGUGGCAUUCGAGGAGCCAGGUACUCCCAACUCGGCAAUCGAAGUGAUUAACGAUGAAGUGGUACCGCAAACUCCUAAUAAGACCGGAGACCCUACUAAAUCGGAAUCGCCUCGUCGUGACCAGGAACCCAGUCCUGUCAGUUCACAACAGGGGACACCACCCAAGAAACCGCUGUUUACUCGAGAGAAUCUGGUACUCCUUUCAAAACCUGAUCUUAUCACCAAGGGGCUGACGGGGACCGCGGCACUGAUGGUGCUGAAGGAGACCCUGGAAGAACCCGACGUGAUGCUGAGUCUUACGCAUAUUCGCAUCUUGGUCGCCGAAGAUAACAUGGUGAACCAGGAAGUGAUCAAACGGAUGUUGAAGCUCGAAGGGUUCACCAACGUUAAAAUGGCUAAAGACGGUAGCGAAGCGGUGGAGAUGGUCAGGGAGUCUUACGAGACGAUGCAAUUGUACGAUCUUAUCUUUAUGGACGUGCAAAUGCCCAAGAUCGAUGGUCUUUUAGCGACGAAGAUGAUCCGCACCAAUUUGGGUUUCACGCGUCCGAUUAUCGCUCUCACUGCGUUUGCUGAUGAACUGAACGUUAAAGAGUGUCUCGGUGCCGGGAUGAGUGGUUUCUUAGCUAAGCCAAUCAGACGGUCCAACAUUAAGAAGGUGAUUACACAGUUUGCCCCUCAAUUAUUGGGUGAAGUGUUGGUGCUGCCGUCGCUGGAAGCACGUGGGUUUAGGUUUGGUGACCUGAGCCGCAACACUCCCUCAGGCACGCCGAUCUCUGAAGUACCACCAGGUACAGCCGAUAACGCUAGCGGUGGCAUUGGUAACGGUGUUGGCACUGUCAGUGCUAAUGUCAGUGCUCAUGCUAGUGAGACAGCGAUUAGCCCUGAAGGUGGUAAACCCAAGGCUAACGAUUGUGUCAUUGCUGAAGAGACGAAGGAGGAAACGAAUGCCGCAAAAGUGGAAGAGGAGAGAACUGCGGCGACGUUAGCCACGCCAAAGGAGCCAACUGAGCAGCCGGCUCCCGGAGCUGAUAGUUCAAACACCAAAGAGCCAUCGUCAAUUCCACUGAUUGAAGUGAAUAAAGCUGAGGUGGUGGAGGAGAAGAAGGAAGUUGAAGAAGAGAAGAAUGAAGCGAAGCAGUCGACCAAUGCAAAGUCGAAGGAGGGGAACGAUGUUGUGGAAUCUUAUGACAAGUAA